AUGGCAUACAUAACAUUAGUCAAUAUGAACAAGCUCCCAUCUCUCACCUUCGCAAAGCAAAAUCAAAGAAGAACCGAUAAGAGAGCCGUACCCGUACGACAAUCUUCUCUCCUGAAGGCCAUCUCUACAAAGUCGAUUGAGAAGAAAGUCACCUCCAAGCUUCUCCAAACCUCCACCUCCUCUGAGAAAAUGUACAUCUUGUCUGUGCCGUUGCUUUCAUCACGUCUGAUGCCCACAUACUCAUCAACACGUGUCCAAGCGCAGCAGCGCUACACCUUCAUGUACCAAGAACUCAUGCCUGUUGCGCAGGCGUAG